AUGAUUCCUUGGAUAAGAAAAGGAGGAGGAUCAUGGUAUAUGAUUUCUUGGAUAAGAAAAGGAGGAGGAUCAUGGUAUAUGAUUUCUUGGAUAAGAAAAGGAGGAGGAUCAUGGUAUAUGAUUUCUUGGAUAAGAAAAGGAGGAGGAUCAUGGUAUAUGAUUUCUUGGAUAAGAAAAGGAGGAGGAUCAUGGUAUAUGAUUUCUUGGAUAAGAAAAGGAGGAGGAUCAUGGUAUAUGAUUUCUUGGAUAAGAAAAGGAGGAGGAUCAUGGUAUAUGAUUUCUUGGAUAAGAAAAGGAGGAGGAUCAUGUAACACGAUUUCUAGGAUAAGAAAAGGAGGAGGAUCAUGUUACACGAUUUCUAGGAUAAGAAAAGGAGGAGGAUCACGGUAUAUGAUUCCUUGGAUAAGAAAAGGAGGAGGAUCAUGUUAUAUGAUUUCUUGGAUAAGAAAAGGAGGAGGAUCAUGGUACACGAUUUCUUGGAUAAGAAAAGGAGGAGGAUCAUGGUACACGAUUUCUUGGAUAAGAAAAGGAGGAGGAUCAUGGUACACGAUUCCUUGGAUAAGAAAAGGAGGAGGAUCAUAUUACACGAUUUCUUGGAUAAGAAAAGGAGGAGGAUCAUGGUACACGAUUUCUUGGAUAAGAAAAGGAGGAGGAUCAUGGUACACGAUUUCUUGGAUAAGAAAAGGAGGAGGAUCAUGGUACACGAUUUCUUGGAUAAGAAAAGGAGGAGGAUCAUGGUACACGAUUUCUAGGAUAAGAAAAGGAGGAGGAUCAUGUUAUAUGAUUUCUUGGAUAAGAAAAGGAGGAGGAUCAUGGUACACGAUUUCUUGGAUAAGAAAAGGAGGAGGAUCAUGGUACACGAUUUCUUGGAUAAGAAAAGGAGGAGGAUCAUGGUACACGAUUUCUUGGAUAAGAAAAGGAGGAGGAUCAUGGUACACGAUUUCUUGGAUAAGAAAAGGAGGAGGAUCAUGGUACACGAUUUCUUGGAUAAGAAAAGGAGGAGGAUCAUUGUACACGAUUUCUAGGAUAAGAAAAGGAGGAGGAUCCCGGUAUAUGAUUCCUUGGAUAAGAAAAGGAGGAGGAUCAUGGUACACGAUUUCUUGGAUAAGAAAAGGAGGAGGAUCAUGGUACACGAUUCCUUGGAUAAGAAAAGGAGGAGGAUCAUGUUACACGAUUUCUAGGAUAAGAAAAGGAGGAGGAUCACGGUAUAUGAUACCUCGGAUAAGAAAAGGAGGAGGAUCAUGUUAUAUGAUUUCUUGGAUAAGAAAAGGAGGAGGAUCAUGGUACACGAUUUCUUGGAUAAGAAAAGGAGGAGGAUCAUGGUACACAAUUCCUUGGAUAAGAAAAGAAGGAGGAUCAUGUUACACGAUUUCGAGGAUAAGAAAAGGAGGAGGAUCACGGUAUAUGAUUCCUUGGAUAAAAAAAGGAGGAGGAUCAUGUUAUAUGAUUUCUUGGAUAAGAAACGGAGGGGGAUCAUGGUACAUGAUUUCUUGGAUAAGAAAAGAGGAGGAUCAUGUUACAUGA